UGACAUCCUCCGAUCUUUUGAUCGAUUCUCCGUUUCUCACCCCCACCCAUGGCUGAAACCUCAACUCUCGAAGCGGAGCAAAAGAAAGUCCUACCUACACCGAUGCACAGCACAGUGCCAUAUACUCCUCACGACCGAGGGACUCACCCAGAAAGCGAGGAGACGAACUCGGACCAAUCUCCACCGACCCCUGUGCCCAAACCGAGGAAGACAUGGCGGUUCUGGGCGGUCUUCCCAGCCUUGUGCAUGACUACCUUCCUUGCCGCUCUCGACACAUCGAUCCUCUCCACUGCCCUUCCGACCAUUGCGCUCGACCUUUACGCGGGAGAGAUGUACAUGUGGAUUAGCAACGCAUACAUCCUGUCCUCUACCGUGGUGCUCCCACUCUUCGGUCAAACGGCGAACAUCUUCGGCCGACGAUGGCUGAUGAUCAUCUCCGUGGUUAUCUUUGCGAUCGGAAGCACCAUCGCCGGAAGUGCCAGUACCACCACUGCGAUUAUCGCCGGACGAGCAAUCCAAGGGAUUGGGGGCGGAGGGAUCAACAUUCUUGUGGACACCGUCAUCUGUGAUCUGGUACCCCUUCGCCAGAGGGGUAAGUAUGUGGCACUUAUGGCCUCGAUCUGGGCUGUAGGAACCACCAUUGGACCUGUUCUCGGGGGUGCCUUUGCGCAGCAUGUCUCCUGGCGCUGGGUCUUCUACAUCAACCUGCCAUUAUGCGGGGUGUCGCUUUUCCUGCUGGCGCUCUUCCUCCAGGUCAACCAUCCGCCCCGACCACCCAACACAACCCUCAGGCAACAGUUCGGCCGCGUUGAUUUACUGGGCAAUACCAUCCUCACCUUGGCUGUCGUGGCCAUCCUGCUGGCAUUGACCUGGGCGGGAACCGCCUACCCUUGGUCCUCUUGGCGAAUUUUGACGCCUCUGUUUCUUGGAUUGGCGGGCCUGGCCCUCUUCUGCAUCCAUCAAGCCUCGCGCUUCUGUCGGGAACCCUCCAUCCCGCCCCAGCUCUUCUCCAGUGCAACCGCUCUCUGUGCUCUUUGGCUCUCCUUUUUUCAGAACCUGCUCCUCUACUGGGUGGGCUAUUUCCUACCCGUCUACUUCCAGGCUCUCCGCAGCCUUUCCGCCACUGCCUCUGGCCUUGCUGUCCUCCCCAUCACAGCAGCCAUUGCACCCUUCGGCGUGAUCACCGGGGUAUUGAUCGCAAUGAAGGGGAAAUACCGCCCCUUCCACUUCCUGGGGUAUGUUUGUGUGACGACCGGGGUCGCCUUGUUUUCGCUCCUUAAUAAUAACUCCCCUGCCCGGGACUGGGCCGGUUUCCAGGUUCUCUUCGGAGCGGGGUUGGGCAUGAUUUUCUCCUCCACCUUGCCGCCAAUCCAGGCUGUCCUUCCAGAGUCCGAGGUCGCAACGGCCACGGCGACGUGGGCGUUCGUCCGGAGUCUGGGGUGUAUUUGGGGCAUUGCGAUUCCGACGUCCAUCUUCAAUACGAGGGUGCAACAGCUGCUCAGCGUCGUGAGUGAUGGCCCAUUGAGGAAAAGAUUGGCAAAUGGAGGCGCCUAUGCCUUAGCCGCAGAGGGGUUGAUCAAAAGCCUCCAAGGGCAAGCAGAUUUGCAGAGGGAGGUUCUGAGGUUGUACGAGGAUGGGUUGAGAUGGGUAUGGUGGAUGGCGGUUCCGUUCGGGGUCAUUGGGUUCUUGUUGUGUUUCCCAAUUCGCGAGGUGAAGCUGAGAGAGGAAUUGGUGACCGAGUUUGGCUUGCGAGGGUGAUGAUCAACAUGAUAUAUUGAUCUGCUUGAACGAUACAGCCUGGAAGCUGGUCUAGAACAAAAGCAAGAAAGGCCUUUGUGUCUCGCUCACCAGUCGAAGGUAUCGCGGAUUGGCCCCUGAGACCAAUCUCCGCUUUUGGGCCUUAGGUAACAGUUGAUAGAAAAUAGGAGAUGAAGACCACUAUCACCAAAGAACCGCAUCUCCUUGCGGAUAUGAAGAGGAGCUCCGAAAUGACGAAAAAUGAUAAGCCUCCGGACGACUUUUGAAGAGCAGUCAUAUUUGGCUCUGGAGGGAUACUGCUAAGUCAUGAGAUAAUUUGUCCAAUUCUGAAGUGGUUCGUUCGACGAAGGCGAGCAACUUCUAUCAUACGCCUUCUGCAAGUUUUCAACCGUGUGUCCGUAGGCAGAGCCGAUCGCUAGGUUUAACAAUCCUUUGAAAUAGCCUAUGAGCUCAUUG